UGCGCGUGCUUCUCUCUUUAAACCAGUCCACAAUACUGUCGGCCGGCCUUAGCCCUUUUUGUCUCUCCCGCUCUCCACCCCCGUUUCUGCCUCUAUACCUUGGCUACGCUAGUGUUCUCGGCACAUUGCUCAGCACCAGUUCUGCUCUCAAUUUACCCCCCUUCCGUGUGCGAAAUCUACUAAGCGUGCUUCCUUUUACAAGGGGGCUUUUUCACUGCUGAUACGCGCCUAGUUUCAGUUAACGCAAUUUAGGCGACACCUAAUUGCAGAGGUGACCUAGCCUAUGGAGGUGCCGCGGACAAGCAGCUCAGCAUCGGCAGUACCACCGGGAACCAGCACCGCAGCAAUGUCGACACACCCGGCACUGAGCAUUCUGGACCAGCCAGACUUUUUGGCCAAUGUGGAAAAGUUCCGUGGCCACUUUGGCACAUCCUCCCAUGAGCCACACCGCGACGGCUACACGUUCCUCCAGCUCCCCAAGAACACGCCUGGCCACCCGUCUGCCAAGGCACCCAGGGCAGCCGUACAGAAGCCGGUUUCUGCAGUAUCGCCGUCUACGAGCCAUGCGACGCACGCAACUGCACAGGCUGCGAGGGCGCCAGCUCGUCCGGCACUAGCCACACAGGUGAACACCACAAGCACGUUUGACCAUCUGAUGAAGCUGGUCACAACCAACAGCCCGCCGGCAACGACAGCUGUAUCAGGUGCCAAACAUGGCGAUGCAGCAAUCGUACACACUCCGACGACUCACAAGACCGUGCUGGCCUCGGAGGCACAGGACCGUGCAAACGCAGUGCUCCGCCCACCGCUGCCGGCGCAUCUGAGGAUCAAUGUUCCCGAGCUUGACUCGUUGAAGAGGAUGCGGGAAGAGAUGCAGACAAUGAACAAAACGCUCGAGCAGCGCAACAGGGCCCUGGCAAGCCAGAAGCAAGCCAGCAAGGCUGCCCGGCAGACUAACGGCACGGUACGCACCACCAGCACAGAAGGCAGCCGCGUAAGCCGAUGCAGAGCGAGCGUACAGACACGCCCACCAAUGGCAGCAACAGGUGUAAAGCGCAUGGUGCCAAGUGACUUCACGCGCAUCCGCCGCGGUUUAAUAGAUGCCAUCAAGAACGGAUCAGUCAUCACAGAUCCGUUCGCAAUGGACAUUUGCGACGAUGAAGAAGCCCUGUCGCCCGACAACAGGCGUGUACGUAAAGAGCCUGUAUUUUCCAAAGGCGACAGUGACAGACGGGUCCGUGAAAGUGCUGGGCGGACUCGGUCGCGGUCCACCACUCGCCAGCGCAGCAGGGAGCGGCAGCGCAGUCGGGACCGCGACAAUCGUGCCCACAGCCGCGAGAGCCGCGACGGUAACCCGCGCAGCCGUGACCGUGGUCGUGAGUCCAUCGACAUGGGUGAUGAAUUGCAGGCCAGCGCUGGCUCUGUAUCGAUGCAACGGACGCCCAGCACAAGUAGUGUAGCUAUGUCAGUAACCGAGUCCGUUGGAUCCCGCAACGAGCAGCAUUGCGUCGGCUAUUAUAUCGAGUCGCUCGUGUGCUGUGUCGAGAGCUUCUGGAGCAUGUCGGCGAUAUCGGACCUGAAGAUGAAGAGUGACCAGUGGAACUCGAUCAUGCAGAUAUACAGAUUUCCUGGUCUGGCUGCACUGAUCAUGGCGUGUGCGUACCACCAGCUCAGCAUCAACUCCAAUCACCUUGCCACUGUGCUGGACGACGAUGCAGGAAUGAAGAGGGCUGUCGCUGAUACCCGCAAAUACUUCCUCGAGAUGAACAAGUGGGAAAACAUGAGUCGUCAGAUGCUCACUGCUGAGGUUCUCAGCCGCGAGUUCCCAAGAACUUGGAACAACUGCCUGUUGCCCAUCAGCAACCUUGACCAGUUUGAGCUGCGGUCGCGGCCGAACACAGAGUUCUGGCCAGCAGUCGCCUACCCGGUUGGCCCGACAUCCAACCCACUGGACAUAGCCAACUUUGCGCGGCAGGUUAACCGCGAAUGGCUUGAAUCGCAGGGACUCUCAUUGAGGAUGCCAGACAAUAUGCAUGAAUUCUAAUCCCCUUUAGUCCCAGGAGUCAGCAGUAGCUUUGCUUAUUAUUAGCCCCAAAUGCCAGUAUGCUUUAAUUGACAACUACGCAUGUGAACGCAUUGCUGCAAAUGGAG